AUGCUGGUCUCAGUUUUCAAAGUUGGAUCAGAAAAGUUGACAAACAAAAGAAAAUUUCUUGACAAUGCUUUAUCACAUGUAGGAGCUCACAUCCAGCCUCUAGAUGCUAGAAUAGCUUGGCCAUUCGAGUGCUGCUAUAGAAAGCUCCUUUGUCAAACUUUAUUAAAUAACAGAAAUCAAAGAUGGGGAACGAAUAAAAAAGAGUAUUACGAUGCAGAAGAGCUAUCUGAUUUGGACGAAGCAAAGGAAGAAGAAAAAGAAGUAUUGAGAUUACAAAAGAUGAGAAUUAGUAAAAUGACCGAAGCUGAUUUUUUUGAUGACGAUGAUGAUAAUUUGAAAUUUAUUAAUGUAGAUAAUAAAUAUUUAAAAAUUGAAAAAGAUAUUGAUUUGGAGUUUUUAAAAAUUUGA